GGCUUCGCGACGUGUCUCGUGGCCCCUCAGUCCAGUCGCCGAGGUUAUGUGCACCACUGACGCCACCACAAAUAUUCACAAGUGCUUCAGAGUCACUCAGCAUUAUUUUUAAAAUUUUUUCUGACUUAUUUAUUUAGUUAGGAUGAAAGUGGCACUCGCUAUCGCGUGUGUCUUCCUCGGAUGCUGCUCCAAUGUUGUCUUUCUCGAACUUUUGGUCAAGGAAGACCCGGGCAGCGGAAAUCUCAUCACCUUCGCGCAGUUUCUCCUCAUCUCCCUCGAGGGAUUCAUAUUCACAUCGAAAUUUGGAACUGUCAAACCGAGGAUUGGGGUCAAGGACUACAUGAUCAUGGUCUUCAUGUUCUUCUUGGCUAGUGUGUGCAAUAACUACGCCUUCGAUUUCAAUAUUCCGAUGCCGCUGCACAUGAUUUUCAGAGCGGGAUCUCUCAUAGCUAACAUGAUAAUGGGGAUAAUAAUCCUGCAUAAGAAGUACCCAUUAAGCAAAUACUUGUCAGUACUCAUGAUAACAAUGGGAAUAGUCAUGUGCACAAUAGUCAGUGGACAGGAGAUCAAAUCCACCCAAAAAAUGGCUGCUGGUGCAGUUCCCCCGACUCCCAUGGAAAAUCUCUUCUGGUGGAGUUUGGGGAUCACUCUGUUGACUGUCGCCUUGUUUAUUUCAGCGAGAAUGGGGCUGUACCAAGAAGUUUUGUACGUCAGAUACGGAAAACACCCGAAGGAGGCUCUGUACUACACACAUUUAUUACCUCUGCCAUUCUUCCUGACACUAGCCCCUAAUAUAUGGGACCACGCAAUACUAGCGGUGAAUUCAGACCCCACCUCAGUUCUGGGCUUCACACUCCCGAAAACAGUGGCUUAUCUCAUCGGAAACGUUCUCUCGCAGUACAUGUGCAUCGCCUCAGUAUUCGUCCUCACCACAGAGUGCACAUCCCUAACGGUCACCCUGGUCGUGACCCUUCGCAAAUUCGUCUCCUUAAUAUUCUCAAUCCUCUACUUCAGUAAUGAAUUCAGCGUGUACCACUGGAUCGGCACGACUCUAGUCUUCUCCGGCACAAUAAUCUUCACCGAAGUUGUGCCGAAAUUACGGGAGAGUCUGUCCUCUCGAGCACAAGAUAAGAAAGUCAAAUGAAUCUAGAGAAAAUUGUAAAUAAUAAAUUUUGUUAUGAAUUAUGAAUCAAAGAUGAUUCCUUCAUCGAACUGUAAA